ACAUGGCUUCAUCCCAUUUGUGAAGCGGGAGCUGCGGCAGUCGCUUUGCCUCCGACUAGUUCCGGUUUUUUUUUUUUUUUUCUUCUUCUUAAGCUCUGCCGGGCGGCCGCGCGUCUUAGAAGCCGCAGCCGCCGGUUGUAGGGUCCGGCGUCUAGUCAGUCUUUCUUCCCCGUGCACGCGCUCGCCUGCCUGCCGCGGAGGGUCGGAGCCGCCUGGGAAGCCUGCGCGGCCGGGGCGGGGCGCGGCGCCCCGAGCCGCGGGGGAGACAAAGAGAGCCGGCCCCUUCUCCUGGCGCCAAGAUGUGGAUCCAGGUUCGCACCAUCGACGGCUCCCAGACGCGCACCAUUGAGGAUGUCUCUCGCAAAGCCACAAUCGAAGAGCUGCGCGAGCGGGUGUGGGCGCUGUUCGACGUUCGACCCGAGUGCCAGCGCCUUUUCUACCGGGGCAAGCAGUUGGAAAAUGGAUAUACUUUAUUUGACUAUGAUGUUGGACUGAAUGAUAUAAUUCAGCUUUUGGUUCGCCCAGACCCUGAUCUUCCUAGCACAUCUAAACAGACUGAUGUACAGGUUAAACCUUCUAAUACUCCACCUAAAGUAAAGAAAAAUCCAAGGAUGGGACCUUCCGGUCAGCCAUCUACUUCAGCUCAUACACUUCUUAUUGAUCCUGGCAUUGGACUAUAUAAGGUAAAUGAAUUGGUGGAUGCCAGAGAUGUCGGCCUUGGUGCUUGGUUUGAAGCACAUAUACAUAGUGUUACUAGAGCUUCUGAUGGACAUUCACGUGGCAAAACUCCACUGAAGAAUGGCAGUUCUUAUAAAAGGACUAAUGGAAAUGUAAAUCAUAAUUCCAAAGAGAACACAAAUAAAUUGGACAGUGUACCCUCUACGUCUAAUUCAGACUCUGUUGCUGCUGAUGAAGACGUUAUUUAUCAUAUCAAGUAUGAUGAAUAUCCAGAGAGUGGUACUCUAGAAAUGAAAGUCAGAGAUCUUCGACCACGAGCUAGAACUACUUUGAAAUGGAAUGAACUAAAUAUUGGUGAUGUGGUAAUGGUUAAUUACAAUGUAGAAAAUCCUGGAGAAAGAGGGUUUUGGUUUGAUGCAGAAAUUACCGCACUGAAGACAAUUUCAAGGACCAAAAAAGAACUUCGUGUGAAAAUUCUCCUGGGGGGUUCAGAAGGAACUUUAAAUGACUGCAAGAUACUAUUCCCUGAUGAAAUUUACAAGAUUGAGAAACCUGGAGCCCAUCCACUUUCUUUUGCAGAUGGAAAGUUCUUAAGGAAAAAUGACCCUGAAUGUAACCUGUGUGGUGGAGACCCAGAUAAGAAUUGCCAUUCUUGCUCCUGCCAUAUAUGUGGUGGAAAACAGGAACCCAGCAUGCAACUUCUAUGUGAUGAGUGUAAUAUGGCCUAUCAUAUUUACUGCCUGAACCCACCUUUGGAUAAGAUCCCAGAAGAGGAAUACUGGUAUUGCCCUUCCUGUAAAACUGAUUCCAGUGAAGUUGUAAAGGCUGGUGAAAGACUUAAGAUGAGCAAAAAGAAAGCAAAGAUGCCAUCAGCUUGUACUGAAAGCCGAAGAGACUGGGGCAGGGGAAUGGCCUGUGUUGGUCGUACCAGAGAAUGUACUAUUGUUCCCUCUAAUCAUUAUGGACCUAUUCCUGGGAUUCCUGUUGGAUCAACCUGGAGAUUUAGAGUUCAGGUGAGCGAAGCAGGUGUCCAUAGGCCCCAUGUUGGUGGAAUUCAUGGUCGAAGUAAUGAUGGAGCUUAUUCUCUCGUCCUGGCUGGUGGAUUUGCGGAUGAAGUAGAUCGAGGUGAUGAAUUCACAUACACUGGGAGUGGUGGUAAAAAUCUCGCUGGUAAUAAAAGAAUUGGUGCACCGUCAGCUGAUCAAACAUUAACAAACAUGAACAGGGCAUUGGCCCUAAACUGUGAUGCUCCAUUGGAUGAUAAAAUUGGAGCAGAGUCUCGGAAUUGGAGAGCUGGUAAGCCAGUCAGAGUGAUACGCAGUUUUAAAGGGAGGAAGAUCAGCAAAUAUGCUCCUGAAGAAGGCAACAGAUAUGAUGGCAUUUAUAAGGUGGUGAAAUACUGGCCAGAGAUUUCAUCAAGCCAUGGAUUCUUGGUUUGGCGCUAUCUUUUAAGAAGAGAUGAUGUUGAACCUGCUCCUUGGACCUCAGAAGGAAUAGAACGGUCCAGGAGAUUAUGUUUACGUCUACAGUAUCCAGCAGGUUAUCCUUCAGAUAAGGAAGGGAAGAAAACUAAAGGACAGUCAAAGAAGGAGACCUGUGGAACCUUGAAAAGGCCUGAUCCGGGUGAUGAGUGUCCAACUGCCUCAAAAAUGUUCAAAGCAGAUUCAGGGGAAGCAGUUGAGGCUUUCCAAUUAACCCCUCAACAACAACAUCUAAUAAGAGAAGAUCAUCAGAACCAGAAGCUAUGGGAUGAAGUGCUUGCAUCUCUUGUGGAAGGACCAAAUUUUCUGAAAAAAUUGGAACAAUCGUUUAUGUGUGUCUGCUGCCAGGAACUAGUUUACCAGCCUGUGACAACAGAGUGCCUCCACAAUGUCUGUAAAGAUUGCUUACAGCGCUCCUUUAAAGCCCAAGUUUUCUCCUGCCCUGCUUGCCGACAUGAUCUUGGCCAGAAUUACAUCAUGCUCCCCAAUGAGAUCCUGCAGACUUUACUUGACCUUUUCUUCCCUGGCUACAGUAAAGGACGAUGAUCUGUCUACUUCUACUGUAUUGCUCCUGGUGGCUUUUUGGACAAAAAAGAAUCUAAAAUGGGGUAGGUAGGCUGGAAUCAAUGGUGGACCACAUUUCUCACAUUCUGAAGCAACUAAUCCUCUUUCCCACAUGGCCAUCAUCUUGUGUGUGUAGUAAGAGGCCCAUUUCUCAACUGUCUUUUAAAUAUCAAAAGGUAGUUCCUGCCAGUAACAACUAGUUUUAAUGAGUAAAAAGUCAAAACCUCAACAGUAGUUGAUACCCAAGUUAUGGUUUAUUUUGCAACUACCUCAGGACAGAAAAGAUUUAUGGGGAUUUUUAAAGUCAUUGAAUGAUUAGUCAAAUGAAAUUUUAGCUACACACUGCCUCCCAGAUAUUAGUUGUGCCUGGUUCAUGUAAUUUGAUUUUACAUAAAAGAAAAUGGCACUUGAAACAAUUGGAAUGAAUGCAGCUCCUGUAGUGUGCAUAAUCCUUUUUUUAAUGUCUCUUUUUCCAUCAUAUGUGUGUUUUGCAAGGGCAGAUUUGUUUUUUAGCCCAUUUUGUGGGAUCCAUUGUGCUUUUUUCUGGUGUUUUUAUGCAAGUUGACUACUAAUGAUUAAUGAGAACAAUAUGGAUGCAUUAUUGCUGCAUUAGUGUAAUGUGGUGUGGUUUUGCACUUAAAAAAGGUAUUCAGAUGCUCUAAUUGUAAAUGUUCAUGAAAAGCCAUUUCUGUACUAGUCAAACUGCUUUUAGUGAGUCUCACCAGUGGUUUUACAUCUGGACAGUGCUGACUUUUGAGAGGAUUGAAAUUGCUUCAUAUUGUGAUCCCAAAUUUUAUAUUCACUAUAUUCCCUAAAGUAUACCUUAAUAAAUAUUUUAUGACCAGAAAAA